AUGGCAUGGUGCGGCCGGCGGAGACCCAGGGAGGGGGAGCCCCACAGCGUGGCCCCUGGGAGCCAGGCCCAGAAGAGACUCCUGGAGGAAUCCUUCGGCAAGCUCUUCCGGGAGCCUGAGCCCCAGAAGUGGCACUGGGCCAAGGUGCUGCUGCGUGACCUGAGACCCCUGGGCCUCUACAUCCGGGCCCAGAGCCUCAAGCUUGGCGAAGACUGGCUCUUCCUCUUCCUCCUUGGCAUCUCCAUGGCAACCAUCAGCUUUGGCCUGGACGUGAUCAUCUCCAAGUUCCAGCGAUUCAACCUGUGGGCUUACGAUGAGCUGGAGGGCUACCGCCACCUCCAGUAUUUCUCCUGGACUUUAUACCACGUGGCUUUGAUGGCGGCCUCAGCCGCUGCUGCCAAAUACAUCUCGGCCCCAGCUGCAGGCUCCGGGAUUCCUGAGCUGAAGGUGGCCCUCCGAGGGGUUGUGCUCCACGAGUUCUUCACCUUGCGUACCUUUGUGGCCAAGCUGUUGGGGAUAAUUUGCACUUUAGCAGGUGGAAGCACGAUCUUCCUUGGGAAAGUGGGACCCUUUGUGCACAUGGCCACGAUCCUGGCCACGCUACUGGGCAGAGUCAUGGUGUGGUACGCAGGCUCCACUGAGAACCCCUCGCGGAAGUACGAGCUGCUGAUUGCGGGGGCCGCCGUGGGCGUGGCUUGCUGUUUCGUGGCUCCUGUCGGAGGGGUCCUCUUUGGCGUGGAGGUCACAGGAACCCACUUUGCCGUGCGCCAUUACUGGCGUGGGUUCUUUGCCGCGACAUGCGCAGCCCUUACCUUCCGCUUGCUAGCAAUGGUCAACAACACCAGAGAGACGGUGGCUGUCCUCUUCCGGACCAGCUGGCGCGUGGAGUUCCCCUACGACCUGCCGGAGCUGCUGUCCUACGCAAUCCUGGGAGGCCUUUGCGGAAUCCUCUGUUGCAUCUAUCUCUUCUGCCACCGAAACAUGCUGAUGAUUUUCCAGAACACACCCAAAAUCAACCAGUUCAUGAAGAACAACAGAAUCCUGUACGCUGGACUUGUAUCGCUUCUUCUGGCAAGCCUCACAUUCCCCCAUGCAAUGGGGCAAUAUAUUGGUGCCAGGCUUUCCAUGAAGGAGCUCCUGGAGACCUUUUUCAACAACAUGACCUGGGGGCUGGAAGACCCCUUCCGGGGCAACGCCACCCACCGGCCCCUCAACCUGACCCACGACACCACGUGGCUUCAGUGGACCCACCCAGACCUCUCCGCCCUGGAGAUGCUGUUCCUCUUUAUCGUGGCUAAGUUCUUCAUGCUCCUCGCUGCGACCACCAUGAUCGUGCCUGCUGGGUAUUUCCUCCCUGUCUUCGUCUAUGGAGCUGCUCUGGGCCGGCUCUACGGCGAGCUGAUGGCCAAAAUCUUCCCCGAUGGCAUCAUCGCUGACGGAAUCCGCAUCCAAGUCACACCGGCUGGCUAUGCCCUGGCAGGGGCAGCAGCGUACUCCGGGGCAGUGACCCAGACCAUUUCCACGGCCCUGCUGACCUUCGAGCUGACCGGGCAGAUGUCCCACAUCCUGCCGGUGCUGGUGGCCGUGCUCAUCGCCAAUGCCAUCAGCCAGCGCUGGCAGCCCUCCUUCUUCGACGGCAUCAUCCUCGUGAAGAAGCUGCCCUUUCUGCCCAAGCUCUCCAUGGCCAAGAGCGGAGGCCAUGAUAUUUAUGCAGAGGACUUUAUGGUGACGGAUCUCAAAUAUUUGACCCGAGAAAGCAGAUUCAAGGAUCUCCGGGCUUUGCUCAGCGCCUCCACCCUCAAGCAGUUCCCCCUGGUGGACUCUGAAGAAUCGCGUGUUCUGCUGGGGUCCAUUAAGAGGAAGUAUCUCUCCGCUCUGCUGUCGGACCAGCUCAGUGCCGAAAAGAGACUUCAGUACCUGCUCAGCCGAUCGGACGGGGCUGCUGGACCUCAGGAGCCAGACUCUCAACUGCAGGAGCUGGAUGGACACGCAGAGGAAGGCAAGAAAUUAGAAACACCCAGAGAAGCAGAGGGAUCGUCUUCUGAUGCCACUGAAAACUCAUGGGCAGAAGGAGCUGAGGAAGAGCCGUUGAAAAGCAUGGCCUGUGCUGGAGAUGGUCCGUCCGAAAGAGAGAAGCACGUACGCUACUAUGGGAUGGUGGAAGAAUGGGAAUGCCGGCAGUUGCAGGAAGCCCUCCGCCUGGAUGAGCUGCCCAUGGACCCCGCGCCUUACCGCCUGCUGGAGAGGGAAACCCUUUACGAGUGUUACGACCUCUUCAACCUCCUGGGCCUCCACAUCGCUUACGUGACCAACAUGGGCCGCCUGGUCGGGGUGGUCAGCCUCAAAGAGCUGAAGAGUGCCGUGGAAGGGUGCGUCAAGGGUACCUUUGCUGGCCGUGCCCCACGGCAGUCCCCCGGGCCUGAGGAUGAGCAGGAACGGAACGUGCUGGAAGGUGGCAAAGUUGGCAGCUCCCAGGUGUAG